GGGAAGAUUUAUACAAAGCUUCAUUGCACACUCUAAUCCAGCAUUCAGGAGUCCACAGUUCAGACAGAGUUCAACAUAACAAGAUUGUCUGAUCCUCUGUAUCAACAAAACAAAAUUAAAGGCCUCUCAGUCUGUCAGUAUGAAGGUGUUAGAGGUGGGAGACUCAGUGAGUCAGUUCAGGUUGGCUGAGUCAUGUGUGGGGCUGGCAGGGUGUCUGUGCGUGGCCUACUCUGUUUGGACCCCUCGCUGGCUCAAUGACCAGGGACUGUGGUCUGUAGGCAACAACAGCACCAACACAGACAGUGAUGGUGACCAGACUGGGGACAUCAUCUUUAACGCCCUGGAGGCAGAGCAAGUGUUUGGGGUGCUGUCAUUCCUCAUGGCUGUGAAUUCAGGGGCUCUGUGCCUCGUGUUCGCCCUCUGCUGGACAUCCCAGACAGUGCGCUCUUACUCCAACACCCGCUCCCUCCUCAUGGCAGGCCAGGCCCUCUACCCCACCGUCUUGCUGCUCCUCACUCUGGGACCCACAGGAUUCUUCUUCCUCCUCAGCUGGUCCCUCUUCACCUACCAGCACCGGGUGGAGAUCAGCGAUGACUUCACAUGCCUGGGCUCCUCCUUCUGGCUGGGUACCCUGGGCUGGGUCCUGCUAUUGGUUGCUCUGCCUGUGGUCUUCCUGGUGGAGCAGUGUGUGGUCCCGGACAUCCUGCCAGAUCUCAUGAAGGCUGCCGAUGGGUGGCGGGGCGCCUCCCAGGUACCGUACGCCCAGCGCUCGUUCAUCGUGAGUCACCAGCGUUGUCAUGAAGACCAGAGUGAUGAAGACAUUGCGAGAGGGCUGAGGAGGUACAUGUCUGUACCCUGAGAGGAGGAAUAGAGAGUACACAGGACAGUGAUUAGUGUAACCUUCUUCAGGCUCAGAGACUGAGCUGACUGCAGAAUGGGACUGGACUGGGCACACAGCUGAUAGGGGUCCAUGUUCACACUAGCAGUUCACCAGGGAGAGGAGCUUCUAGUCUGUGUCUGUAUCAGAGAUUUAUCCACUGUAGGAGAAUGUUUACAGACACACUCUGAGAAUAUGUAAUAUUAGACUAAUCAAAUCCAAUUUCAUUGGUUGUGCACACAUAUUUUGCAGAUGUUAUCGCAGAUGCAGCGAAAUGCUUAUGUUUCUUGCUCAAACAGUGCAGUAAUACCUAACAAAACAAAAUACACAAAUCCAAAAAAUAGCAGAACGAGCAAUGUCAGAGUCUGGAAUAUAUAUAUAUAUAUAUAUAUAUAUAUAUAUAUAUAUAUACCUUUCAAAAGUUUGGGGUCACAUAGAAAUGUCCUUGUUUUUGAAAAGCACAUUGUUUGUCCAAUUGCACAUUUCCAUUAGCACAUUUUUUGUCCAUUAAAAUAACAUCAAAUUGAUCAGAAAUAGAGUGUAGAUAUUGCUAAUGUUGUAAAUGACUACUGUAGCUGGAAACAGCUGAUUUUUAAUGGAAUAUCUACAUAGGCGUACAGAGGCCUAAUAUCAGCAACUAUCACUCCUGUGUUCCAAUGGCACGCUGUGUUAGCUAAUCCAAGUUUAUAAUUUUAAAGGGCUAAUUGGUCAUUAGAAAACCCUUUUGCAAUUAUGCUAGCACAGCUGAAAACUAUUAUUCUGAUUAACGAAGCAAUAAAACUGUCCUUCUUUAGACUAAAUGUGUAUCCGGAGCAUCAGCAUUUGUGGGAUCGAUUACAGGCUCAAAGUGGCCAGAAACAAAUAACUUUCUUCUGAAACGUGUCAGUCUAUUCUUGUUCUGAGAAAUGAAGGCUAUUCCUUGCGAGAAAUUGCCAAGAAACUGAAGAUCUCGUACAACGCUGUGUACUACUCCCUUCACAGAAGAGCGCAAACUGGCUCUAACCAGAAUAGAAAGAGGAGUGGGAGGCCGCGGUGCACAACUGAAAAAGAGGACAAGUACAUUAAAAUUAUAAACUCGGAUUAGCUAACACAAUGUGCCAUUGGAACACAGGAGUGAUGUUUGCUGAUAAUGGGCCCCCUUUAUUAUUUGUAGUUGUUUGUUGCCAAGCACACUUUCAGUAAGAUUUUCUGUGUAGUAAAGGAAAUAUUUAUGUUACAAAAGCAGCCUCAUGUGGUGAGUAUGACCAAGGUUUGAUGUUGAAAAAGCUAUUUUUGAUACAGCUUGGCAGCAGUGUUCUGUUCGCAAGUAUUCAACAUUAAUUAGCGGAAAGUCACACAUUUUGGUUGUUUGUGUACAAAGUGGGAUCACUACUUGUUGAAUUUAGAUGAAAGUGAUACAUACAUUUACAGUUUAACAGUUUAACUAAUACUUCUAAGACAGUCCUAUGUGAAUGUGCCUUUUCUCAGUAAGCUUGAUACUCAUCACCACUAUAAAGUGACUGAUAUCGCAAAGUUUUUGCAAUGGGACUGUGAUAUUAUUGAUAUUGUACCUUUAAAAAACUGCUGCUUUUAUUUACUCAGCCCUGUUAACCAGUAUCUCUACCAGGCUCCAGAUGUCUUCCUGGCAUCACCAGAGAACAGUGCCAUAGCACACUCCAGUCCAACAGAAAGCCUUAUUAUUACGCCCCUCUUCCCCUAUGAGCAGUAGAACCAUCACAUACAGCAGUACAGUUGAAUCAUGUCAGCCAUCUACUCAGCACUGCCAAGCUACUGUCUACCAGUCUCUCUCACAGCCCUUCUUUAGUUCUCUCAGUCUUUUCUCUUCUCUUACUUCCCCAACAGGAGAGGAGAGAGUGGGCUGCCUGCCUGCCAUCAUGCCACAUGUUUACGUUCUGAUCCUUGUUAAAGUAGGGGAGAAUUAACAGGCUCUGACUUUGUUAAUUGGCCGCUAAUCAGGUGUUGCUCUAAUUAAAAGGCAGUUCCGCCCUGUUGGUGCCUGUUAA